UUUUUUUGUUCAGAGGGAAGAUCAGUUCCUUCUUGCCUUAUAUAUCUUUCAAUUUUUUUUUUCUCCUUUCUUUUUUUUUCCUUUUUCUUUUUUCUUACUGUCCUACUUUUUUUUUUAUAUAUAUAAUUUUUACAAUCAAUAUGUCUGACGCUGCUGUUAAUGAAAAGAACCUUCAAAAGGAUCCUGUCACUGGUGAAAUGAUUUCCAAGUCUGAAUUGAAGAGACGUACCAAACAACGGGAAAAGGAAGCUGCUAAGGCUGCCAAGGUUGCUACUGCUCCUGUUAAGGAUGAAAAGCCCAAGAAUGCUGAAGAUGGUGAAGAAGAGUUGAAUCCCAAUCAAUACUUCGAAUUACGUAGCAAGUCCAUUCGUCAACUUCGUGAAAAUCAAUCACCUAAUCCUUAUCCUCACAAGUUCCAAGUCAAUGUUAGUCUUCCUGAAUUUAUCGAAAAGUAUGGUGACCUUGAAUCUGGAUCAAUUUCUGACAAAGUAGUUACUGUGGCAGGACGUAUCCACAACAAGCGUGCUUCUGGAGCCAAGCUUCGAUUCUAUGAUUUACAUGGUGAAGGUGUCAAGAUUCAAAUUAUGGCUUCUGCUGCUGAUAAUGUAGAAGGUGAUUUUGCUGCUAUUCAUGAUUUAUUACGUCGUGGUGAUAUUGUGGGUGUUACUGGUUGUCCUGGUAAGACAAAGCGUGGUGAAUUAUCUAUUUUCCCCAAGCAAAUCCAAUUAUUGUCUCCCUGUUUACGUAUGUUACCCAAGUCUAACUAUGGUUUCAAGGAUCAAGAAUUACGUUACCGCCAACGUUAUUUGGAUUUGAUUAUGAAUACCAAUGUACGCGACAAGUUUAUUACUCGAUCCAAGAUUAUCAGUUAUCUUCGCUCUUAUUUGGAUAAGCAAGGCUUUUUGGAAGUAGAAACUCCUAUGAUGAAUCAAAUUGCAGGUGGUGCUACUGCCAAGCCCUUCAUUACUCACCACAAUGAUUUGAAGUUGGAUAUGUUUAUGCGUAUUGCUCCUGAACUUUACCUCAAGAUGUUGACUGUUGGUGGCUUGGAUCGUGUAUAUGAAAUUGGACGACAAUUCCGUAACGAAGGCAUCGAUUUGACUCACAAUCCUGAAUUUACUACUUGUGAAUUCUAUAUGGCUUAUGCUGAUAUGUAUGAUUUGAUGGAAAUGACUGAAGAAUUGAUUUCUGGUAUGGUACAUAGUUUGUUUGGCACUUAUAAGAUUGAAUAUCAUCCUCAAGGACCUGAAGCACCUGCUAUGGAAAUCGAUUUUACUCCUCCUUUCAAGCGUAUGGACAUGAUUCAAACUUUAGAAGAAAAACUCAACGUCACUUUCCCUCCUGGUGAUGAACUCCAUACUGAAGAAACCAACAAGUUUUUGGAUGAACUCUUGAAGAAGCACAAUAUCGACUGUUCUGCUCCUCGUACUAAUGCUCGUAUGUUGGACAAGUUGGUGGGUGAAUAUCUUGAAGUGAAUUGUAUCUCUCCUACUUUUAUUACUGGUCAUCCUAUGAUGAUGUCUCCUCUCGCCAAGAAGCACCGUGAUCGCAAUGGUCUUUGUGAACGAUUUGAAUUAUUUGUUGCCACCAAGGAAGUCUGCAAUGCCUAUACCGAAUUGAAUGAUCCCUUUGACCAACGAGAACGUUUUGCUCAACAAGCCUCUGAUAAGGAUGCUGGUGAUGAUGAAGCUCAAGUGAUCGAUGAAAACUUCUGUCAAGCUUUGGAAUAUGGUUUACCUCCUACUGGUGGAUGGGGAAUGGGUUUGGAUCGUCUUACUAUGUUUUUGACAAACUCCAACAAUAUCAAGGAAGUCUUAUUGUUCCCUGCCAUGAAGCCUAGUGAAGAUUAGAUAUGGGAUUAGUGUUAUUUUUAGUUUUUAUUAUGAUAUAUAUAUAAAUAUAGAUAUGUAGUUUAGGGUUUCCUAUUUUGGUCUGUCCUUCCUAUUUCUUUUUUUUUUUUUAUA